UGCACAAAUAUUACUUAGGUAAUAGAUACCUAAAAUGAACAAUGGAUUAGGAGCAUGAAGUGAGCAUGAGGCAGUCCCAGUACCUUUAAGGUAGAACUGAGUGCCUGGUGGGGGAAGGAGAUGAAGACAGUUUUCAGCUGGGUAAGGACAGGGGAAGAAUUGAUAUUCCUUGAUUGAUCUCAGGGCUGUUCUCACACUUGCAGGGGGCUCUGUUGGCUCAUCCUUGUGAAAAGUGUAUGAGUUCUCUUUCCUCUGCCCUGGCAAGCUUUUUAAAAGUGAUGACCUUCAAGCUUAGGACCUUUCAGAGCCGGAUUUGCCACCUGGGAGUGGGGCAUGAUAGUGGCGUCCUCCUCAGUGGCACACUCCUCGAGAGCUCCAUAGUUACUCUGUCCUUUCCUACGGCUCUCUUCCUGACGUUAUCAGAGGACUGGGACUCGCGAGAAAGGACUCACCGACCUCUAGGACCUAUUAACUUGGCAGCCCUGCCCCUCUGUUCAAGCCAGCCAACUCGGAGAACUCAGAGUCAUCCUCGAGAGUAAAGAAAGCUCUCAAGAGUUUUUUUUUUUUUUCAAACCUAUUUUAAAUGUCAGUGAAAUAUCCACGGGAGAGAGCGACAGCAGGUGAGAAACCUGGAAACGAGCCUGAAGAGGUGAAGCUGCAGAAUGCCAGCAAGCAGAUUGUGCAGAAUGCAAUCCUGCAAGCCAUGCGGCAAGUCUCCCAGGAGAGUCAGCACAGGGAAGAGAGAAUCAGCGACAGCCGGGGCGGCAUCCAGCUGGGUGUUGGGGAGUUAACCAAGAAGCACGAAAAGAAGUAACAUGGUGCAUUUGGCUUUUGACAUGUGCUCAGUUUCUAGCCUUCCUCUUAGUAUAGGACGCAUCACCAAAAUGUUGCCAAUAAAGUAAACUGAAGUGUCAUUGGCACCUAGAUGUAGAAUGAAUUCACACUAGCCCCUGGCUGAGAAGCACUGUUUUGAAAAAGUGCAUUAGAUGAUUCUAUUCCUAUUUAUGCAGUGCCUCUGAAACAUAGUGGGGCCAAAUAUGACACUGUAAUUGCACAAGUAGUUUUGUAGGCCAAUGGAUUUUUAAAGUUCUUUUAUUUGAAAAAGAGAAUUCUCUAUCUCAUUUAUUUACUUCUGCCUUUUAUGUGUUCCUUCUGUGAAUUUAACAAGCUGUCUUUUUGCUUAAAUACUGAGUACAUUACUGAGUUCUUUAUAUUAAAAAGGCAUUCUGGAAAGGUGAGGGAAUGGAGUUUUAGUUACUUUUGAAUGUGAAAUUGAAGGCUUUUGUAAAGUGGAUUCAGGUCUAAGAUCAAGUCAAGCAAAGGCAAAUUCUAAGACUGAGUCCCUUGGGAUCAUACCAAGGACUAUAUUAAUAUUUAUGUUAUUUUAAGAAACGGAGGAAUUUAGGCUUUUCAGUCUUUUAGUCUCAAUUCUCUGAAUAAUUUAAUAAUUGGUGUUUAUGCUCUGUGUAGAAAUCUUUUGGGAAUAUGGAUUUCUUUUCUCAUCUUAAGAUUCGAUAAAAUAAGACAAGUGAGUCUACAUGUGUGAGUUGCCAAUAACUCAAUUCCUUAGAAGCUUCAUGAAGAAUGGCUAGAAUUGUGUAUUUCUUCAACAGCUGCCUAUCUUUGAAAGACUUAUACUUGGGACUGACUAUGGGUGCAGCAUCCUUGGGAGGAAUUCUGAGGGCUUACAAAUGCUGUUUUGCCACCAGACUAUGUAUUUGCAUUAGGACCUUACUAACUUUCCCCAUCCACAAAUUAAAAUUAGUUUUUUGGGAUUAUGAAAAUCAUUCAGGUCAGGAAUACAUGAGAAUACAGUGGGCACAGUAAAGCGACAGUGUUGUGAAUGCAGUGACAGAUCUGUGUGUACCUUUGUAAUAAAGGCAUCUGUGCAGCAACAGGAUCAAUCACUGCUCCACUUCUGUGAGGAUAAUGCACAUAUUUCUGGAGUAUCUACAGUCCCAUUUCCUGUGCUUCACAAAAUUUACUGAAUUUGUGCUCUUGGGGACAGAGAAAGAAUUUGACCAUGGUUAAAAACCCUCUGGUUUCAGAGCAUCAAUAUCUACAUUUGAUUUCUUUUUAAAGCAAAGUAUUGGGGCAUAAAGUGUGAUUGAUAUUAAAAUAUACUUCUAAAAUUCCAGUACACUACAGUUUCAAGAAUAAAUAUUUAGAUAAUCGAUAAUGAAUGAAAAAAUAUCUUAUCAGCUUUGUUAUGCUAUCUCCCAAAGUGCACAGGUGGAAUAGAUUCACAGGGAACAUGGAUGGAGAAGGAAGUAGAAGAGCUUACAAUUUAAAGAUUGUUUACUCAUAAGUAUUUCUUUUAGCAGAAUUGUGCCAAGUGAAGAAUGAGUUUAAGUUGACCGAAAGUCAUGUAACUGAUGUGAUAUAAUUGCACAGCAUAGUGAGAAUGAAGUUAUUCAGGGAAAUUAUUCAGGAGUGCCACAAAAAAAUAAAUAAAUAAAUCGAAUGCGUGUAGUUUGCAAGUGAUCUACUACUAUGUCUACUGAGAUGUCUGGAUAUAACUGCCUUUGUUUUUGCUGUCAUGGUGACAAAAAAAUAUAAACAUGCUAUUUUUCCUCUCUGGUGUGUCUGUGCUAACAAACUGGAAUAUUUGGAACAUCUUAUUGACCCCUGUAUCUAAAUGUCAUUUAUAAAUAAAACAUAUACAGCUUUGAAAUAUUUUAA